AUGAUGGCAAAGUGGCUUGCUGUCUCUUGUGUGUACUUGGGCGUUUUAUUAUGCCUUCCAAAUACCAUUUUCUAUUCCAAUGGAUACUUUUUCAAAAUCAGAAAAACUGAGUGCAUAGCAAACGGAGCAUAUUUCAGCAAUGUCUCUUGCAUUCUGAAGCCUGUAAACUGGACUCGAUCGGUAUUGAACAUGGAUGGUGACAUAAAGGAGGCAUUAACUGAUAUUAAGAUGUCAGUAGAAGUGUUCUACAAGGAUUCUUCGAAUUUGUACAAGCCCUUCGCCGUUAAAUUUAAAUUUGAUGUUUGCCAAUUGUUAAAGAAUAAAACGCAAAGUAAUUUUCUGCAAAAAUACGCUAUUAGCCAUUUGACGGAGUGGACUAAUGUAAACCACAGUUGCCCAUAUAGGGUAAGCUUAUGUAUAUAUAAUAUAGUUAAAUUUUCUCAAUAUAUUGAAUAUAUAUAUAUGUUUCUAAAGGGUCAUUUGAUUGCGCGUAACUUUCGUUUGGACGAGGUCUCUCUGCCCAUACUUCCAAUUCAGGAUUACAAAAUUGCAUUUAACUUUUCAGGAGCCAAUCCAGGAAUUCACUUGGGACUGGUUUUGAUCUAUUUUGAAAUUCUAGAGGAUUAUUACAAGCAAAAAAAGAAUAAGCCACUGCCCAAGCCGUUGAACUUUGUUUAA